AUGUUUUAUAUUUCCUCUUGGCAGGAUGGAUGGAUGGUCUGGGGAGUCGCAGCUGGAAUUUUGAUGUUUUUUGCAUCGCUUCAAGCUGUGCAUUUUUUUCGAUCCCGUGGUUAUGAGACGUUUUUGUUCAUUCACAUAAUUUUGGCGGCCGUCAUAGUACCUGCCAUAUAUUUUCAUGUCAAGGUUCAAAUUAAAGGCAUCCAGUACGUAUACGCUAUGAUGGCAAUUUGGGCAUUUGAUUAUUUGGCAAGAUUUCUUAGAAUUAUAGUUUCCGGCAUCACGUCUAAAGCUGAUGUGAGAGUCGUUUCGGGGGAUAUCUUGGAAUUUAAAAUUGCUUACUCUAGGUGGUGGAAAUAUUAUCCUGGGUCAUAUGCGUUCAUUCAUAUACUGCUGCCUCUUCAAAAUUCCUGGCAAUCUCACCCAUUUUCUUUGGUUUCGUCACCGUUAAAAGAGGAUGAAGGUAAAGUUAUAAUUUUUGCGAGAAUCAAAGAGGGCAUAACCAAAUCAAUGAGCGAAUACAUUCUGCGCCAGCCUUCAAAUAUGCUCCGUACCAUACCAGUAUUGCUGGAUGGACCAUACGGAGACCGCCAUCAUUUGCACCAUUACAAUACGUUAAUUCUGGUUGCCGGUGGAAUUGGAAUUACUGGGGUCUACCCCUAUGCUGCUGAGUUAGUGAAAUCGCCGGAACGAAAACAGAAUAUCCUCUUCAUCUGGACUACUUCAGAUGAUAGUUUCUCUCAAUGGUUUGGCGACUAUAUAGCACACCUGACGUCGGACGAAAGGAUUCAGCAGCAUAUCUACCUUACCUCCGAAAGACAUGAACAUGAAGAACAGGAUGUCCCAACACAGUUCUUUUCGAUAGAAAAAGGGGAACGUCCUGGAAAAACUACUCCAAGUACUCCUGAGAUUGAAUAUCAACUAGGACCCACUUCUUUCGGCCCAGCGAAUGGGUUGUCAAGGAAAUCCUCAGUAAUUUCAGCCAGUCUGAGUCUAGUGGAGCAUAGAGGCAACACAUGGGUUCAUGAGCGAGCUACAAGAAACCACAGCCGCCCCGAUCUAAAGGACUUGGUUGCUAACGAAAUAUCCAAAGCUCGAGGUUCCCUCGCUUUCGUGGUUUGUGGACCGGGCCCCCUAAAUGACGUUAUGAGAUGCUCAGUUGCUGACAAUAUUCAAUCUGCUAAUGCACGUAUCGACUAUUAUGAAGAAGCAUUUUGCUGGUAG